UUUCAGCCUUCCCGCUUUCAGAAACUGGUCGCCUUGGGCCUGCUGUUGCUGGUAGGCGUCCACGGUACGACGAUAAUCAGCAUCAAGUACCCGGAGAAGCCCACUGAAGUCGUUGUGGAGCCGCAGCCGGCCAAGAGAGACCUAAGCCUGAGUUAUGCGGCCACCAACAUUGAUUCCAAGGAGGGCACUCGCGUCAAGACCAUCACGGUGAUCAAAAGCGUGGGUGGGAGUAUAUCUGCUCCAGAAGAAGCCGCGGCGGCUGCUGCGUUUGGAUCUCCUACUGGUCACAAGCACCAGCCGAAGCUGGCCAUUGAUCCCUUGCUGCACAAAAACCCGGAGUGGGCGAAUGCCUUCCGCGAUAACUUUGACUCUUAUGGAGCACUGCCAGAUGUGCCGGACAUAGAUGACCUGUUCGAGUUCGUGAAUCGCAAGCAGCCGGCGGAGGAGGAAAAGCAGAAGGCGACUCCCAGCCAGGCCGAAAAGGUGCCGAAGGAGGUAGCCAAGCCUGUGGAGGCGGAGGAGACCACUACAAAAAAGCCCGUCGCCCUUGAGCAGAGCGAGGAAGGUGACAGUAGCAAGGGUAGUGCUACUAGCACUGGAAACAUCGAUAGUGAUGAGGCGGUGGUGGAGAAGAUCAAGGGCGAUGCUGAGCUGCUGCCACACAUCAAGCAGGCCAACAUUCUUCGCCUUCAGGCAGCUCAGGCGCGUUCGGGGCUGGGGCUGCGCACUAAGGAAUCCCUGAUCAGCGUCAACUACUCAACGCCCAUGCACCAGGUGACCCAAUACUUUGACAAUUACGUCCAAGCGGUGCCCAAUGGGUACGACUACUCGAAGCCCUGCGGCGCGGCACCGGGCAACAGUAUCCAGGUGACCACGCCCUCGGGUCGCACCUACGACAUUCCGCAAAGCAAUAGCAGUGGCACUGGUGGCGGCAAUCAUCCGUACCUGGCUCCGUCGCUUACGAAAAAGACGCAGAUUCCACCGAUUACGGUUCAGCCUCCGGUCCAGCAGCAGCCGCCCCCAAACUACUCCUCUGUGAACUCAAUAGUGCCGCCUAUAGUGCAGCAGCAGCCGCAGCAGGGCUUUGCUCCAAAUGCGCCUCCUCAACAGCCCCAAGUAGUGCCACCACCGAAUGCCGUCGGCUCCAGUGGAAUCUCCACCAGCCAGCGUCCCUACGUAGCGCCCAGGCUGCGCAACAAUGGCCUCGGCAUCAGCCGGGCUCCCGGGAGCAGCAGCACACCAGGAACAAUUCUCAGUGGUACACAACCAGGAGGAGGAAUUGUGGCGGGCAAUCCACCCAGUUUCCGCACCAGCAUCUUUGGCGGCGGUCCCAAUCGUCCCAACACGUUGCGGUCGCGUGGCCUAAAGUAUUGAGCUCUAAAAACUAGACCCCGACAGGUGUGGUCAAAAUAAUAGCGAUUAAUGUUAAUAUUGUAAUUAAAAUUGGAAAAGCACCACUUCGAUCUCGAAGUUCUCUAUUAUUCAACCAGGAAGUUGUUCAAGCUCAGCUGUAGCUGAGUCAUUGUUCUGUUAAACUAAACUAAAAAUGUACUCGCAAGCAAGGACCGAUUAUAGUAAUAAAAUGAAUAUUAAUAUUAAUGUUUCUGGGGUAUGUCCUAUUUCAAUCAUUUCUGUGCUAGUGCUAAUACGAUAUAUGUAUAUAUUAUUUUAAGAAUAUAAUUUUAAACAUUGGCAAUAAUAGGUGGCCAAAAUGGAACUUAAAAAUUUGUUGUAUUACAUUUUAAAUGACUUCUACGGUUCUCAAAAUUUAAUAAUAAUUAAGCACAAUAGUCUUACGCAGAACUUGGUAUUUAUUUGUCGGAUUUAUCGUAUAAUUCAGAGACAACCGAUACUAAUGUGUACAGUUACCCGCGUACACCUAAGUUACAAAAGGCUCUUUAGCAAUUCUUCAAAAAACAAGGCUUCAGAGAGAUAAGCAUUGCUGAACUGUACUUAUAAGUUACUAUAGUAACUUUGAUCGGUGUGUGUGUGGUUGCUGUUGCGCGGCUAUUGUUGUUGUUGCAUCUCCGCCGAAGAAGAAGCAAAACGAAGCAGAAGGGAAGGGUGAGAGAGAGGGGGACGCGCUGCUCGAGGCACGAAUACUGAUUUUUAUUCAAUGAA